GGCCGGCCUGCCAUGAGGGCCUCCGCCGAUGGAGCCGACGACCACCGAGCUGCUGAUGCUGCUGCUCAUCGGAUGCCUCUCUUCGCUGCUGCCCGGUGUUGCUGCAAAUUGGGACGAUUGGUGGACAUACGAAGGCAUCUCAGGUCCGGACUUCUGGGGCCGGCUGAACCCUGCCUGGAGUCUUUGCAGCACGGGACGUCGGCAGUCUCCAGUCAACAUAGAACCGCGGCAGCUACUCUUCGACCCCAACCUGAAGCCGAUCGCAGUUUCAAAUCACAGGGUGGACGGGCUUCUGCAGAACACGGGACAAGGCAUCGUGUUCCGCCUGUCCGACGACGACGAACUUGGCGGCGUCAACAUCAGCCUCGGACCGCUGUCGUACCGCUACCGCGUCUACGAGCUGCGGCUGCACUUCGGCCGCACCGAAGACCGAGGCUCCGAGCACUCCGUCUCCGGAUUCGUCUUCCCGGCAGAGCUCCAGAUCAUGGGCUACAACUGUGACCUGUACGCCAACGUGUCCGAAGCAAGGCAACGAGCGCAGGGUCUCGUCGCGUUGGCGGUCAUCAUUAAGCUACGAGACUCCGCCAACGUAGAGCUUCGGCUUCUAACCAGUCAACUGCUGCACCUGGCCUUUAAAGGCUCCCAAGUGGCCGUGAAGUCGGUGUCUAUCCGCGACCUGCUUCCGGAGACGGACAGUUACAUGACGUACGAGGGUUCGAGCACGACGCCCGGCUGUGAGGAGACGGUCACCUGGAUCCUGAUGAACCGCCCGCUGUACAUGACGCGCCAACAGCUGUUCGCCACUCGGAAGCUGAUGCAGGGUGACGCGUUCCACCCCAAGGCGCCUCUCGGGAACAACUUCAGGCCCACGCAGCCACUCCAUGGUCGCGUCGUUCGCACAAACAUCGAUAUUAGGAGCGAUGACUGCCCAGCAAUGCAAGUCAAUAAGUUUUACCAAGCGAACCUGGAUCUUCUCAGCCGAUAGCAGCCGGGGCCGGACAGUGAUGGACAGACGGAGCACGUCGGGCCGGGGAGGCCUCGAAAAAAGCAGCCACGUUGCGAUGCCACCCCGGAGAUUGGGCACCCUCUGUGCACAACAACAGGAGGCUCUGCCACGAACUAUA